AUGCAGAAGAAAAAGAGUCGUGUUGUUGCUGAUAAAGCAUGGAAUCUCUUGCGUUUAGCAUUGUUAUGGGCAAGAAAGGUUGGUGUGUUGAAGAGAGGGCUAAAGGUCAAGGGCCUUGGAAAUAAAGCUCACAGUGACCAAAUCCAUUAUCUGGAACGUCAGCUCUCGUUUGAUAGGACUCCUGACUUCCAUGUCAAGAAGGAUCAUCAUACAGGCUCCAUGCAGUUUCUUUUCCCUUGCGUAGGCGCAAACACACUCGAAUUCGAUUAUGAUAUUGGCGAUGAUGAAGCUGGUGGAUUUUAUGGCAAUUACAGCGGAAGGGAAAUUUACUUAGAAGAAGAAAAAGAAGAAGAAGGAGAAGAAUAUGAAUGCAAUGGCUAUGAAAAGAAGAGUCAAUUAGAAGACGAAGGGAUUGAUUCCAGGGCGGAGAAAUUCAUAGCUGAGUUCUAUGCUCAAAUAAGAUUUCGGAAUUGA